CGGACAGAAAAUCUUGAGCGUACUACAGAGUUUUAGAGAGCAGAAUGUCUUCUAUGAUUUCAAAAUAAUUGUGAGAGAAGAAAUAAUCCCGUGCCAUCGCUGUGUGCUGGCGGCGUGCAGUGACUUUUUCAGCAGGCUGUAGUGGUUUUCUAUUACUGUGUCCAUGGCCGGUAGAGGGACAGGUGGCAUCUGCUGGUGGCACCCUGCAGUUAGCUGUCUUGGUCAUACUGCAGUAAACGCAAAUACUUGAAAAGCUGCUUUAUGUCCAGUUUUGGAAGAAAAAUGAAAUAGGGUUUUAAUCUCCCAACAAAUUUGGUAAAAACAAGUCUAGAACACAGAAAGGUCCUGCUCUGAGUAUUCGGCGUGAUUCAAGCUAAUACAACAAGAAGUUCCUGUAAGCAUUUGAAUUUACAGUCCUCUGCUCUUACCAAACUCACAUCCUGUGCUCUCCACUGGACUUAUUCGCUCUCUGCACAGACUGCAAGCUAAGUCAGCGCCCACAUCAGGACACGUGUGUGGAUCCUCACAGGGAUCGCGUGCCAAGUGUUUGUGCCAGUUCCUUUGCUCUGCUGUGGUGACUGUGACCACCAUGCUGUGAGACACCAUGACCAGAACAGCUUAGGGCAGGAUCUCAUGGGGCAGCUUCAGGAGGUUAGGGCUAUGUUUGAGGUUAACAUGAAAGAAAGAGAUGACGGAAGUGUUACCAUUACUAACUUGUCCUCCAAAGCAGUAAAGGCGUUUCUUGACUAUGCCUACACCGGAAAAACAAGAAUAACGGAUGAGAACGUGGAAAUGUUCUUCCAGCUGUCAGCCUUUCUCCAGGUUUCCUUCCUGUCCAAAGCUUGCAGUGACUUCCUAAUAAAAAGCAUCAGUCUUGUCAACUGCUUACAUUUAUUAUCUUUAUCAGACAGCUAUGGCUCUCCCCAUUUGUUCAGUCAUGCGUUAUGUUUCGUUCAGCGCCACUUUCAUUUGUUGUUUAAAUCCAGGGAGUUUUUAGAGAUGAGUUUUGGAGUGCUGCAGAAGUGUCUGGAGUCAGAUGAGUUAAAUGUCCCUGAAGAGGAAAUGGUCCUGAAGAUCGUCCUCACCUGGAUCAAACACAACGUAGAGGCCAGGCGAAGGCACCUGCCUCACUUGAUGGCAAAAGUGAGAUUGCAUCAGUUGCCUGAGGACACGCUGCAGGACUGUCUGCUCCGUGAGGAGUGUUUGCUCAGAAGCACAAACUGUUUUGACACAAUUGUGGAUGCCAUCAAGUGUGUGCAAGGUUCUAGUGGCCUUUUCCCUGAUGCUCGACCAUCCACAACUGAAAAAUAUAUAUUUAUCCAUAAAACAGAGGAAAAUGGGGAAAAUCAGUAUACAUUUUGCUAUAAUAUUAAAACGGACUCGUGGAAAAUCUUGCCACAGUCACAUCUGGUUGAUUUGCCAGGGUCUAGUCUGUCUAGCUAUGGAGAGAAAAUAUUCUUGACGGGCGGUUGCAAAGGGAAGUGCUGUAGGAAGGUCCGACUUCAUAUUGCUGAGUCUUACCAUGACGCCACUGACCAGACCUGGUGCUACUGUCCAAUUAAAAAUGAGUUUUUCUUGGUUUCAACCAUGAAGACUCCAAGAACCAUGCAUACCUCAGUCAUGGCGCUCAAUCGAUUGUUUGUUAUAGGUGGAAAGACUCGAGGGUCCCAGGACAUUAAAAGUCUCCUGGAUGUUGAAUCUUACGAUCCGCUGUCCAAAGAGUGGACAUCGGUUAGCCCUUUACCCAGAGGCAUCUAUUACCCAGAAGCCAGUGCAUGCCAAGAUGUCAUUUACGUUCUCGGAUCUGAGGUAGAGAUUGCAGAUGCUUUUAAUCCAUCACUUGAUUGCUUUUUUAAAUACCAUGCCACAACUGACCAGUGGUCCGAGCUAGUCGCAGAGUUUGGACAGUUUUUCCAUGCUACUCUAAUUAAAGCUGUCCCAGUAAACUGCACCCUGUACAUAUGUGACCUCUCAACCUACAAGGUGUAUAGCUUUUGUCCGGACACGUGUGUUUGGAAAGGAGAAGGCUCUUUCGAGUGCGCAGGCUUUAAUGCAGGCGCAGUUGGGAUUGAGGAUAGGAUUUACAUCCUAGGCGGAGAUUAUGCGCCGGAUGAGAUCACGGAUGAGGUGCAGGUCUACCACAGCAGCAGGUCAGAGUGGGAGGAGGUGUCCCCAAUGCCCAGAGCCUUAACUGAGUUUUACUGCCAGGUCAUUCAGUUCAACAAAUACAGGGACCCGUGGUUCACUAAUCAUUUCUAAACGUAAUAUUUGCAUGAGUGGGUCUGAAAUGCCUUGGAGAAUUGGUAAAAGUAUGUAUAUAUCUUAGCACAAUAAAUUAUCCCUUCUAUUGAAGAAUGGCUGUAGAUGUACGUUGUCAAUAAAUAGUUCCAGAAAUUUAAAAUAUAAAAUACCAAAGUUUAUUGAAUAUACUUUUAUCUUGAAUAGUCCAGAAUACUUAGUAUUUUCUUAUAUAAAUAAAAAUUGUAGAUUUUGGCCCUUUGACUUUUAAGGAUGGAAAUGAAAAUCAGUGUUCACAGAUAUACUAGGUAGAAGGAAAAAUAUUGAGUGAAAAUGGCUUAUACACUGCACAUUGUGUGACGUGAAGAUAUUAGGAAUAGGUGAGAAGCACACAUUGAACGCUGUAGGUCUAAGAGUUGCUAAAUCCCUAUUUUCUGCUUGCUGGCUAAGUGACUUUACCUUUGUGUGGUCAGGAACUCUGUGGCAUAUACUUUUCCAUCCUUCUGGUCAGUGCGCUAAAACCAGUGUAGCUGUGUGUAUGAUCCGUUUGUUAUUGGGAGUGUGCUGUGGUGCCCUCGAGCGCAGUUCAUCUUUUUAAGUUGCUCGUUCUGGUUGUUUUCAGUGCCAUUUUGAGACUGAGCUUUUAGCAACAUCUUGGUUCAUUUUCUGGUUCAAAUUUGGUAAAUUUGCAUUUGUGAGUUUAAUUAGCAUUGUAAAUUGCACCAAGCCUGAGUGCUGUCUUAACAUAUAAAUCACUGAGUGAUGGUCUUUUUAAGAUGCUUUUUCUGUUUCGUUGGCACGUGCUCCCCCAGCAUAGAGGAUACGGAAAUGUUUACCUCUAGAGAAAUUGAUCAUUAUUAAGUCAGCAUUAAAGCAGCGGGUUUUGUUGUGGCCCUUUUAUACAUGUUCCUCGUUAGACUUUAGAUCCUGUCCCUGUCCCUCUCCCUCUGCUCCCACCCAUCCUGCAAGUGCUCCAGCUAGUUCCUUCCUGCCGCUUUUGCUUCCAGUUUGCAUGCAUUCCAUUACCCACCCUUCUCCCUUAGCAUCCCUUCCUUCAGAGUAUCUUCCUCCUUCCGAGUCACACACACGCAUACACACACUAUAUAUACAUGUAUAAUAAUACAUAUAUAUAUAUAUAUAUAUAUAAUCCCUUGCCAUGUACACAAUAUACAUGCAUGUAUUUAUCUCGACGCAGAUAAAGAAAUCUAGAUUCGGCAUGAGAGCUAACAGAGUAUUUGUCUUUCUGAAUCUGAGUUAUUUCACUUACCAUAUUGACCCCUAGUUCCAUCCAUUUUCCUGCAAGUGCCCAGACUGCAUUCUUGACGGGUGAGUAUAAUCUCAUUGUACUUUCGGGAGCAAAGAUUCCAAAUGGUUACCUUAGAAAAUUCUGCUAUCAACUGUGAUGAGAGCUCCCAUUCUUGCUCUCAAGUUGUUGUCUCUGGUGUCAGCUAUCUAAGAACUUGGAAUAGUACCCUGUCUCCUGCUGCUGCAGAGUACAUCCUUAUUUUCCUUCUUGCUUAAGGGCUCAACACACUGACUUCUCCUUCAGUGGCCAGGUUGCAUUUCUGUUUGUAAGGCAACCCCAGAGACUUUGUCCUCAUCCCAGUGCUGUGUUGUUUGGCUGAGACUGGCAAGCUGUCUAGGAUCUUUUAGAGGAGGGUUUUAUCUCACUGCCAGUGAACUUGGUAAUUCAAAUAUUUCAUUCUUGUCUAGCUCUCUAGGUCUUAGUCCUGCAGAGUCUAGAGUAAUGGUUCUAAACUUAUGGGCCAUAGCCCCUUUGGGAGUUGAAGAACUUUCACAGGGGUUAGCCAGACCACUGGAAAGCACAAAUAUUUACAUUACAAUUCAUAACAGCAACAAAGUUACAGUUUUGAAGUAGUGAUGAAAAUAAUUUUAUGGUUGAGGGGUGUUACCACAACAUGAGGAAAUGUAUUAAAAGGGUGGCAGCAUUAGGAAGGCUGAGAACACUGAUCUACAGCUUUGUUGUGUCUGUCUCCUGUGUGUCCUCUUUCCAUCAACAUAAUGACAAACACAGAUCUUCCUGGGAGAAUUUAAGAGCCAAAGUUUAAUAACAUUUUGUUAUUAAAUAGUUUUCAAAAAUUUGGAAAUAUGCCUCUGUCAUGAACUCAGUUGCCUGCUCUUUGAUCACUUGCCCCUGGUGAUGUGGCUACCAGGCUGCAGAGGAAGAGGAUCCAGACAGUCCUGAUGAGACUGGAUAAGCUAUGGGCAGAUGGCAAAGGAGGAGAACUCCCCUUUCAGUGGACUUGGGGAAGGGGUUAGGGGGAAGAGGGAGGGAGAGUGGGACCAGGAGUUGCUGAGGGAGGGGACUUCAAUUGGGAUAUAAAAUGAAUAAACUGAAAAUAAAAAUUAAAACUACUUUAAAAAAUAUUCCAGAAAGUCUAUAAAUGAAAAUGUAGGUAGCAGUUACAUUAUUAAGCACAGGGCAAUUUGCUCACAGAUUAGUAUAGAUUAGUCCUUUGAUAAUAACUGUCUAAAUUUGGAAAGUUAUUUGUUCUGUUAGUCCAGUUAGACACAGCAUGAUACAUGCAUAAAACAAGGCCAUAAUUCCAUAAUUAUCAACCAUGAAACUUCAGUUACCUCAAUUAACUUUGAGAACAUUCCCAACCACACAGGUCUAACUAGCUCAACAAAUUGUGUUAUUGUUUUUAAGGGCAAUAAAGUUGCUGGAACAACUCAGAAUGCAGCCAUGUUUUAGUAAGUAUCAUGCUAAAUAAAUAUUUUUAAAUAUUUCUCAUCUACCUGGAGGCUCACGGGCACUGAGACAUAUCUUUAUCAUUUCAGGACUCAGCAAUUAGCACAGUGCCUGUCAGAAAUCUCCCCCAUAAACUAAUUUUGUUAAGCAAUAUGUGAAGCAAAAUCUAUGUAUCAGUUAUAUCAUGACAAUGUGUCUGAUCUCCUAUACCUUUGGCGGAUUGUUUUCUGAGGGUGAUGUUAUAGCUUCUAAGUAAUUUCUCCACCUAUUUUUCUAAUGGUUCAUUUUUUUUCAUACAUUUUAACUAUGGUAAUUUAACUAUAACAGCUAAUCCUGUCCUGUAUUUCUUUUAAGUGGAAAUAAUGGUAAGACACUAAGUACAAAUUCUAUUAAUACAUUUGCAACCUCCCUUUUCUAAGUAUAAUUGUUUUAGUGAUACUUUUUCCCAAUGCUAUUACACAUUUAACUUAUUUCAUUUUUCUGUUAGAGAAAUGUGAGGCUUCUGCCAUAUACUAUGGGAAAUAAAAUCAGCAUUUUUUUUUUCAGGUUUGUCUUUAUGUAGUAAAACAUCUCAGUUCUAUAAAAUGUUAAUUUAUUAAAAAUAUGUCACAAAAAUAUAUUCUCUGUAUCAUUAUCAGAAAUAAAAGGGAUGCCAAGA